AUGGAUGAAUACAUGGCAGUAGAAUGCUCAUCCCUGCCAUUGUUCCAGUUGAUUUUAUUUCCUCAGGGUUGUUACACACUGGGUGCUAGCCUAACUGGUUUCCAUUCGUGUAUUUCUUCCCGGUGGUUAAGGGUUCAAAUCUUGUAUCUUGUGGGUAACAUUUGUAAAGUCGGGCACACACGCGCAUAUAUAUAUUAUCCGUUCGGAUUAGCUUUUAGGGUUUUCGUUUCUUUUAUAAUCACACCAAACAGAGCGCAAGUUAGGUUCUAUCUCUUUAGCCGACUCUCUCUGCCUCUCAAUCAGCUCAGAUCUUCAACUCCAUUUCCGGCGACUUACCGUAAACCUCUUUUCAGAUUCUACGAUCAGUGGGCACUUGGAUAUGUUGCGAGUCUAGCUUGUCCAACGAUCCGGUGUCCAGCACUACCAAUGGCAAGCAACCAAAUGAAUCAGAUGGAAUCCAUUUUUAAUCAAUUUGACUCAUCAAUACAGGGCGGACAUAUGGGGUCGGGCACAAAUAAUCCUGCUCAUCAGCACAUGGCGGUAUCAACCAUGCAUAUGGGGCUCAUGUUGCCUCCAGGUUCCAUUGCUCCCACACCCCAACAUGUACCAGUGUCUAACAUCCAAAAUAUACCAUCAUAUAAUCCUGGGUUUCAGAGAUUAUCAAUGUCGAACAUGCAGAUGGGACAGCUUGGCACACAAGCCUAUGGUUUGUUUCCUCAGCAGAUUUUACUACCUAACAAGCAAUUAGGGGAGAUGGAAAUGAGCUUUAAUAAUAUGCAGAAUUUAUCGGCAGCUAGUAAGCGCAAGGCACCAAUGGAGCCGGUGUCCAACCAAGUUGCACAACAAAAUAUGUCAAUGCCCAACAAAAGGGUAGCACCAAGUGAACACAGGCCAUGGUUGAUGCAGCAAGUGUCUCCAUCAAAUAACACUUUGCAGUCCCAACACUUGCAAGCACCAAAGAGAACAGUACAACUGCAAUCCGCUCCUCGUAAAUCUGGUCCACAGCAGUCGUCAGUUCAAAAGCCUCAUACUGUGCAAGUACAAUCUUCUCCAAAAAUUCAGACAGAUUACAGGUCCAAACUCAGAGAAUCACUUGCAUCUGCCUUGGAAUUGGUUACUCAGCGUAAAAAUAAACCAUCAAAUUUAGGAAAGGAUUCUCAAGGUGGGGCUGCAACUGGGCAGACACUGGAAGGUUCUCAAUCCGUUGGGUCCGGUUUGGCUCUUGCUGAUGCUCUUGACCAGGGAUCCAAGUUACCCAAGGAUGAUUCACUGGCCAGUGAGGGGUCUUCUGUGGAAAAGGGUAAGGAUGGGGGAAGUGCAUCACAAGAGAAUUCUUCCAAUGGAGGUGCUGGAAAUUCUGUGCAAAAUACUAUUUGUGAUAAUCUGGGGCUCCAAUCAAAUGUGCUUUUAGCUGACGAGGAUUCAUUUAGUGACAACAUUUUUGCGAAAGAUGAACUUUUGCAGGGAAAUGGGCUCUCCUGGGUAAUGGAUCCCGUUGCUGAUUUGACAGAGAAUAAGGAAGUUCUGUCUGCUAAGAAUCAAAAGCCAAGCAACCAGGAAGUUGGUGGAGUAGUGGAGGAACAAGUUGAUCAAACCCCCCAAAUGUUGGCAGCAAAAAUUGAAGAUGAACUCUUCAAAUUAUUUGGAGGUGUUAAUAAAAAAUAUAAAGAAAAAGGCAGGUCUCUUUUGUUUAAUUUGAAGGAUCGUAAUAACCCUGAACUGAGAGAAAGAGUUGUGGCUGGAGAAAUCCCCCCUGAGAAGCUUUGCAAUAUGACUGCAGAGGAUCUUGCUUCUAAGGAGCUUUCUGAGUGGCGGAUGGCGAAGGCAGAAGAGCUUGCCCAGAUGGUUGUUUUGCCUGAUUCAGAUGUCAGGCGUUUGGUGAAAAAAACACACAAGGGUGAAUUCCAAGUUGAAGUUGAGCCAGAUGACAGUGUCUCUGUGGAGGUAUCAGUUGGUGCAAGUUCUUUUACUCGGAGUAGAUUGGAUACUGAGGGGAAGGAAGCAUCUCCCCCAGCUAACCCUGUUGUAAAGGAAGAAGAAAGAGCUACCGGGGAUAAGAGUAAAUUAGAAAAUAGUGACAUUUCUUGUACACUUACGAUUCCUUCUACUGAGGGUAAUGAUUUAAUGCAAGGGCUAAUGGUGGAUGAUGGAUUGAAGGAUACUGAAUUUCUUCCUCCUAUUGUUUCCUUAGAUGAGUUCAUGGAAUCCCUUAAUUCAGAGCCGCCUUUUGCAAAUUUACAAGCAGAUGAGGGAAAGGUCUCACCAAAAUUGGGCAAGGAUGACUUAGAGUCGAAGUCAAAGUCUCCGGAUGGGCUUCCAGAAGAUCCUGUUCAAACUUCCCCGGAUGAAGUUGAUAAUAUUGAUGCAAUAGAUGCGAGGUCAGAUGCUGAUGCAAAAUCUGGUGACAAAAAUGUCAAGUCAGAAAACAUUCCUGUCGGUGUGUCCAAAGGUGAACAUGUUUGGGAAGGCUUACUUCAGCUAAAUGUCUCGGCACUGGCCCCUGUUUUUGCUGUUUUCAAAAGUGGUGAGAAAGUGUCAACAAAGGAGUGGCCUGCCCUCAUUGAGCUCAAAGGGAGGGUCAGACUCAAUCCAUUUGAAAAAUUCCUUCAGGAGCUGCCCAUGUCUCGAAGUCGGGCUGUUAUGAUUGUCCACUUCAUAUGCAAGGAGGGGUCUGCAGAAAGUGACCAGGCUAGCAUUCGUGAGGUGGGUGAUUCAUAUGUGUUAGAUGGGAGGGUAGGGUUUGCCGAGCCCUCUCCAGGAGUGGAACUUUAUCUGUGCCCCACCAAUGAGAAAAUGCGUCAGAUGCUCGGGAAAAUCGUAUCGAAUGACCAAACAGGAGUACUUGAUAACAUCGACAAUGGUCUAAUUGGUGUUUUUGUAUUGAGAAAACUGACUCCAACCAUAUCACCCAACUCAACUUCUUCACACCAUAAACACAGCAGCUCUAAAAAGCAGCACCACGUUACUACUAGUUCUAGGAGACGUGAAGAUAAAGAUGUAAACAUGAAUGUGAAUGUCACCCCAAGACGUCCAACCAAUCCCUUUAAUAAACCCCAAACCCAAACCAUUGAGGAGGAUGACGAUGAUGAUGAUGUGCCUCCGGGGUUUGGAGCCGGCACGGCCCGGGAUGAAGAUGAUUUGCCUGAGUUUAACUUCUCUACUAGGUCAACCCAAAAUCCCUCUAGGAGACUUGGACAAGCCCCCCUCCGUAUGCAUUCUCAAGCCCCGGUAGACCAGAUGAGGGAGCUGAUUUACAAAUAUGGACAAACCCAAACAAGUGAAUCUCCCAGGACCUGGCAGGCGAAUAGGGGAAUUGGUGUACCAGUCAGGCAAUGGAAUGAUGAUGACGAUGACGAUAUUCCAGAGUGGCAACCACAAGCUUCUUCACAGCCCCAGAUAUCACAUCAACACGCUGCUGUGCAGAACUUUCAGCAGACUGCACCCAUGGUGACCCAAUUACUUCCACAUCAGCAACCCAAUGUGGCAACCAUGUAUUCUUCUUCUUCUUCUGUGAAUAUGAUGCAGGGCCAGGGCCAACAAAACACUGCCAUGAAUACGUGGCGAGGUCCCCAAUGGAACAGGUGAGCCAGGAACAGCCUGGCGACCGAUAGUCCGAUAUGCUCCUAUGGCUAUGAGUAGGGGCUUUUGAACGUUUUGGGUUGUAGAUUGUAGUGUUCUUUCUUCUGUAGUAAUUCCUUUUGGGAUGGAAUGUAGGUUUGCAGUUGAUAAUUAAUCUAGUUAGAAUUUCUUCUUUGUUCCCAUAACAAAACAUGAAAGUUAGAAACUGGUAUUAUUCAGAUUCUGCAAUAAUUUGAUGGCGGCUGGUUUGGAUUAUCAA